AUGAAGUUUGCUGCCGUGGCCGUACUCGCCUCGCUCAUGUUCGCCGGAGCGACCGCGGCCGGCAGCGUCGGAUGUGGCCCCGAGCAAUGUUCGACCAAGCGCGAUGCCGUUUGUGGAAGUAACGGAGUCACCUACCGCAAUAUGUGCGAGUUCAACAACCAUAACUGCGACAACGGUCUGCAGUGGACGGCGAAGCCCGGCAAUUGCCCGCGCUACCACAGGACGGACCGCGAGUAA